AUGAUGGGAAUCAUCUCCAAGCAGAUUCAGACUCGCCUGAUGCCACAUAUUUCCGCCCAAGAGGCCGGCCGCACAUGGAUUCCGAACGUUUAUUGCCCGGACCGCAAAUCGCAAGUAGAGCUCAACUACACCAAAUUGCGCUGGGACGAUUAUAAGAACGGUCCACAAUCCGACGAUCCUGUUGGACAGGUUCACGAAUUGCGGUAUUGUUUGGAAUCAGCGUCUGCAUCGUAG